AUGAAAGCAGCGCUGGAUAAUUUUCUCAAAAAGCACGCUGAUGCCUUCGUGCGAUAUCGUCGAAAGAAGCUCAAGGAAAUCGAAAACCUAAUUAAUCCAUUACUGGAAGAAGUGAAGAAACUGGAUGGAAAAUUUGACUUUGAAAUGGUCAACCCUAAAAGCUUUCAUACCAUCAAGUCACCCAUCCAUUACGAAGUACUUCUGAUUUUUCACGGGGUGGACCCUGAAGAGAUUUCUGUCGAAGACGGGCAAACACCAGCGGGAUUUGCGCUAGCGAAACUUACUGGUAAAAAAAUGGUGUCUAAGUGGAAAUUUUGCAGUGGGAACAGUAAUCCCAGCAAGGUUUACAUGUCGGCUAAGAUUGUCAGAGAGAAACUCUUCGAGCUUGUAAACCGAGUGAUCAGCAGCUCGUCUUUUCUGGAAUCACUCGAAGGGAGUAACUUUUGUGUAGAAGUCGUCGACGACGACGAUGUGAUUUCAAUGCGGGUCAGCGGACAAGACGUUGAAGCAUACAGCGUUGAUCUUAUCCCAGCAAUUCCUUAUCCAGGACGCUGGGUGCUCUCUGCGCAUGGGUGGGAAUCCAAGCAAGCUGAUUGGAUGAGCAAGACUUUGAAGGAAGAAGUCAUUAAGACCGGAUUUCACUUGGUAGCCAGGCCAUCACCGAGUAGGUCAUCGUACCAGUGGCAGAUUGAUUUUCCUGGCCCCAUGAGGAAGCUACUGGAAAUAGACAUGGGCUGUCGCAUAAAAUGUCUGCUUAUUCUUGAGAUCAUUAUGGGCGACAUGUACUCUCAAAGGGAUGCAUGCGACAGUUUCCAACUCGAAACUCUCGUGUUGCGUAUAACAGAACACUAUCCAGUCAAAUCGUUCUGGAGCGAAGAAAAAUUCUCCAAACGUUUCUUAGACACCAUAAGAGAACUGCAACGAUGUCUCUCAGAAAGACACCUGACGCAGAUUUUCAUCCCAGGCGUGAAUUUGUUUCGAGAUUUCGACAAAGUGAGUUUGAAAAGUUGCGAAGAAGUUGUUCAGAGUGUUUUAGAAAACCCAGAAAAUUUCCUGAACACUUUCGAACUGUUCCAAUAUACAACUGCUUUGUAA